CGCUCCCGAGCCGCGCCCGGCGCCGCCGCCGCCAUGGUCUCCUGGAUCAUCUCCCGCCUCGUGGUGCUCAUCUUCGGCACCCUCUACCCCGCGUACUCGUCCUACAAGGCCGUGAAGACGAAAAACGUGAAGGAAUAUGUGAAGUGGAUGAUGUACUGGAUCGUGUUUGCCUUUUUCACCACUGCAGAAACACUCACAGACAUUGUUCUCUCUUGGUUUCCCUUUUAUUUCGAGCUGAAAAUCGCAUUUGUGAUUUGGCUGCUCUCCCCUUACACCAAGGGCUCCAGUGUCCUCUACAGGAAGUUUGUGCACCCAACGCUCUCCAAUAAGGAGAAGGAGAUUGAUGAAUACAUUACUCAGGCUUGUGACAAGAGCUAUGAAACCAUGAUGCGAGUUGGCAAGAGAGGGUUAAACCUUGCUGCCAAUGCAGCAGUUACUGCAGCUGCAAAGGGCCAGGGAGUUUUGUCUGAGAAGCUUCGAAGUUUCAGCAUGCAGGACCUCACUCUGAUCCGGGAUGAGGACACCGUGCACAUGCGAAGCCGCGAUCCACAGCUGCAUUCCUCUGGUGGGAGUCUGCUGGAAACCAUCGAGGACUCAGCUUCCUGUUACUCCUCAGGAGAGGAGAGCAGUGUGGCACAUAGGUCUAAUGGAACCCCAUCAGAGCCUAGAACAGACCCAUCAGAUGAAGAUGCAGGAGACAAACUUCCUAAACGUACCCAGAGUCUCAAAGCUCCUAAAAAGGUGACAAAAACUGAGCUUCCAGUAAGGAGUGUAAAAGCCCGGCCCAAGAAGAAAGCUGCUGGCUCUCUUGCCUCUGGCGAGUCAUCCUAAGGCGACCUCCCCCUCCCCAGCACCUGUCUCUGUCCCGGGAUUUUCGCUUUUGAGGGGAAACUCUCCAAAGGAAGGGAGCUGAGAUUCUUGUACAUAACAGAUACUGCUUUGUAGAGCUCAUUCCAAGGCAAGGGGGAGGCUGGGAUUCAGAAAAUGGAGUAGAGGAUACACAUCCUCAGGAAUUUUCUCCUUUUCAUCCCUCUGUUGGAGGGAAUGCUGAUAUGUCUGUACAUAGCCAGUUGCUUUGGAAUUCCCACUGUAUAACCCUAGUUGAGAAUCUUUGCUGCAAGAACUGACUAGGGUUUGAGACAUCCAUUGCACAGAAACUGGAAAAAUACUAGACACUGGAGUUCCACAGGGGUGGGUGGCUCCCAAAAAUGUCUUAUCUUGCUCUGGGUAUCCUUCUGCAGCUGUGUGUUGUUAAGAAGUGCCCACCAUGAGUCAUAUUCCGUAAGAGUGGACCGUACCUGACAUGUCCAUCCCCUCUGAGAAGGUGACUGAAAUGAUGUAUGCUGGGUGCUUUUGAACAUAAAGGACUAGCUCAUGGGAGGAAAAUGCUAGAUUCCCAUUACUCGUCCUGGAAGAUGAAGAGAUUGGGUUUUAUUUUAUUUUUUUCUGGGAGGUGAAGGGAGAUAAUUGAAAAACUGAGUAAUGAAGAAAAUGUGCUGUUACCAUGCACAUUGUAUGAUGGAGUAGAUACAGGUAUCUCUGAGAGUUAACUGUUGAGAAGGAAAGUUUGGCAUCUGUAAGAUUUUGGCUCUUUUUGAAGCUGCUUGAAUUUUAUUUCAGGUUCUGGUGCCCACUUUGAUUCCUGUGGGAGCAUCAGAAUGAGGCGAGUCCCGUGCAGUUCCAUGGCAAGGGUACUUGCUUUGCCAUUUAGGGGUUGAACUCCAUGUCAUCCUGAUUUUGUUACUGCAGACAAAUUCUUCUACCAGAUGACUGGGGAAAGUCUGUGGGCAUACUUGAGAAUUUCAGAAGCCCUUACCUCUCAGCUGUAGGAGAUUCGAUCCUCAGGGCACGAGAACUGAUAAACAGUUGAUGUAUGAAUUUUGCUAACUCCAGGAUUUCAUGUAUGGGGGAUAAAAAGCAGGGAGUAGGGCACAAUGCUGUGAUUAAUCAGUCCUCUUGCUUGAUCCUACUGCAGCCCUUGCACACAUUUUCUGUCAGACCAUGUGCCAUGUUUAUCAGUGUCCUGAGACUUGAGCAAUAUAUAACACUUGGGACAGAAGACUACACUGAAUGUAGAAUAUGUGUUGUGGGAGUGAAAUUGCAGCGCUGCAGAGAAAAAUGACAUCAUGCCAAGCCAUACUAAUCUCUUGAACAUUGUUGAGGGGAGAUCCCCUGCACACUUGCCAACUGAGUCAGUCAGAAUUUAUGAGAUGAGUAAGGUUCCUGUUGCUGAGAUCUGUACUUACAGAUGUGGUUGUCUGAAUGCAAACUUGAUGGUCUUAAUUUUUACUCAAACUAGUUAUCAAAGGAGCCUGGCUCUUACUUCCCUACUGAAGACCAUUCCCAGCUCUAGCUGCAGGUGUUUGUCUGCCCACAUCUUUUGCUGUCCAAUUUCUGAAAUUACAGUGAAUUCACAGAGCCCAGUAUUUUGCUGUUGACAAGGUAUAGAAGCACUUCUGCAACUAAAGUUCCACAAGUAUUUCUGUCCUAGAGGAUAGCCCUUCAAAAGUUUAUAAAGUUGAAGAUCAGGACUGAAUUCUUUCUUGUUUCCCAUUGUCUUGGUGGCAAAUUGUUUGCUGUUGAAUUAAUCAGUUAUUUUAGGAAACCAACGAAGUUGGUUUUACUUUUAUUUAUAGCUUUUAAAAGUUGAAAUUUUGACAGACCAUGUCAGAAACUUGUAUCUUGUCAGAAAUAUUUGUCCCAAGUUAUCCACAAGGCCUUAUCCAGAAGCCAAUAGAAAAUCCUAGAUUUGGCUUUGAGUUUUGAGUUUCACAAAAAAAAAAAAAAAAGAAAACAAUUAUUUUGUUCUUUUUAGUUUAUAAGCAAACUUUGUGUUCCUGUCUCACUAGCACAUGCAAGUGCAUGUCCUUGAAGCAGGAAUACUUUCUGUUUCCACAGGAAAUUCCUCUCUCCAGACAAGGGAUAAAAAUCUUCCAUUAUUAUGGGGAAGAUUCAGUUGUGAGGAAAUGCUGUCCUAGACUUUACUAUACUGAGCAAGAGAGAACCAUUAUUCUCUAUAUACCAAGUAUCUCUAUGACCAUGUUUCUUGAUUUAUUUUUUUUUUCUUUAGCUAAAAUUUUCCAUAGCAAAUUAUUUAUGUAAGUCCUUGUGAGGGACUUCAUUUGGAAGCCAAGUCCCCCCUUAUGUUGAUCUUCAUGCCCUUUCCUUGUGCCUGUGUUGUGACAGUCUGUGAUUACUAGGUUUCCAUAGGGUGACUUUUCCAGAAUGUUCUCCAGAAUCAGUUCAUUUAUGGUGGCUCUUCUGCUUUGAAGCACAGGAAGAAUUUUCUGAAGAUCGUUUUGGCAUUUGGAUUUAUUUUUGUCUUCCUGAGCUGGGUCCUGUGCUAAGUAGCUUUUACUUAGCGUUGGUGCUUGAUGUCAUUAGCUCGUGGGUAAGUAUGGGUCAGUUUUACUCUGGCUUUUGUUUAUACAGGGGAUUUAAAUGACUUUUGGUUGCAGGAGUGAGCCUGGAGUAGAGUCAGGGACUGUUAUCUAGUGUGUGAUACGAAGCUGAUGAUGCCAAGCAGCAGAACUUACCCAGAGCAAGAACAAUGUCUUAGCAUGGAUACUAUUUUCUUCUAGUACAAAUGUGACUGCUAGACUGUGCUUUGCUUGAUCAAAGCCUCUGCAGAUCUACCACCACCCACGUGACCUCUUAGUGAGUUUCUAGAUAUAGUCCUGCAUUGGAUGGCACUGUCUUGCAUAGAAAUUCUCUUGUUAAUGAGAACGCUGAAUGUGCUGCUUUGAUAAAAUGCUUUUAUCAGCUGCUGUUCAGUGUUUUCAGCAGGAAAUGCUGGAAUGUAGUUUCUCUUCAGUAUCAUCUGUGGGCUUCAUUGUGCAAUUAAGCAAAUGGUUAAAUCUUCACCUAGCAGUAGAACCUGUUGUGUUCACUAAGUGUUUAUAACCUUUUCCUAAUAUGCCUGGGCACAGAGAGAAAUGCAGUAAGAGAAAAUGAUACCUGAAGGGAGGGGGUGGGGAGGGGGUGGUGUGUGUGUGUCAAACUUUGUGUGCCUAAAAUUACCCUAAAAUACCUGCACCAUGAGAUACAAAGUUGAAGCCAUGACUGCCUUUUGAAAAGAAAUGUUUUUACCUUCAUGCUUUAUAGUAUUACAAGUCAGUGUUCUGAUGUUGGUAAAGAAAAUAGUGAAAUGUGGUUUCUCAUGUAAGAAACUUAAUGAUUUGUUGCAUAAAAGGGAAAAAUGUUUUCUUGCUUGGCAGUACCCUCCAUGGUGGGUAAGAGAUAUGAAAAUGUAGGGGAGACUACUGUCAGGUUUUAAACCUUUACACUUCAGCUAAACAUCUUUAUUACUUACUGUACUUUCUUGAGUUUCUGAUUCUCCAGCUUCAGGUCUCCGAGACUGAUUUCUUUUAGACGAGAUUAACUUCCUUGGUAGGUAGAGGGUGUAUAGAGAGAGGGAUGCUGGUGUUCUUAAAAUUGCAAAGUUUGUUCUGGGGAAGCUUCACCUUCCCUCAUCUUAGUGAAUUGAGUUCCAUUCAUUGUGUUUUUGCAGUGCUGGGCUUUCCUUUAUAUAUCCCUCUUGGAAGUACGACUCCCUCACAAUAUACAGCCUUGAAAAGUAAAAUUUCUAGAGAGCCACAACUUUUCCAGAAAUUGUUAUUUAUUGUUAUUCUGUGCCAUCUUAAUCAGCAGGAAACACAGUGCCUUAGGAGGAAAGUAAGAUAACUGUGGAGAACUCUGCUGGUUCUCUGACCUGCAGGUAGCAUUGCAUUAAGGAGGCUCACAAAUUAGCUGUGAAGUGUCACUGUAUGCUUGGGAGCAGCUGUUGGAUUGAGCUGAGUUUUCCUAUCUGUCUUCCAAAGUUGCAUAUAAUGCUGGAAAGUGAGGCUUAUUCCCUAAGGGAGAAAUGCAGGGGGAAAAAAAUUGUAUUCUUAUCCUUCGUUCUAAUUGGGACACUGUGUUGUCACGUUACUGCUUGCUGGAGAGAGGCCAAAUCACAUCUCUGUGGAACUGCUCUGUACCAUAGCUUUUCUUGCUUUACCCACUAAGAAUUUGUAGUGUGCCACCUGGCUGAGGCAUCUCGUGGUGCUGCUUUCUGAGUUUUGUCCUGCAAAGUGAGAUAUGUGAAAAAUCAGCCGAGUAUUCUGAAGCUGCAUGAGCUCAUAGAAUCAGAGAGCUGUCAGAGCUGGAGGGGACCUCUGGAGGUCAUCUGGUGCAACCUCCCUACUUAGUCAAAGCCACCUAGAGCCAGUUGCCCAGGAGUUCCUGUGUGCUGACUGUGGUCUGGAUCCUACUGAAUUUAAUGUUUAAGAGCUGACACGUGCAGAAAUGCAUAUGCUGUGUGGGAAUGUGCUUUAGUGUUACUGAAGAGAAAGGUUUCCUGGUCACCUUUCAUCUGGAAUUUGGUGCUACUGCAAGGCACUGUAAACAUAACUCAGUGUUAUGUUCCUUGUAGGUAUUGUUAAAAAGCCUGGAGAGACCUUCAGAGGUGUGAACAGUUGGUUUCAGCAGUAAGUGGAGACAAGGUCCUGAGAGAAUUGGAGUGGAAAAUGGGCUGUGUGCAGUACAGCUGUCCCGUAAAUACUGCUGACUUUCUGAGCCCCAAGCAACUCUUAAACUUUGCAUUCUACAGAUUAGAGCCUGGUUUCUCUCAGAACACCUCUCUCUCUCUGUGUUGUACCUUUCUGAACUGGGCUUGAGCCUCAUGGAUUGAGAUUCCUGAGCCUUUCAUCACUUCAGAACAAUAAAGCUUGACUUUUACCUCAGCAGGCAGCUGAUCUGCAGGGAGGACCGGAUGAGUAUCAAGUAUCUCUCAUCACUUUGUAAUAGAUGUGUUAUGCUGGAGAAGCACCAGCAGGGAGCUCCAGAGGAUACAUUCAUCUGGGAAAUUAUACCCUUCCCCUGCCAAAGCCUACAUUUUUGGGUGAACCAAAUGCUGGACUUUGCUAUGCUCAUACACACAGCUGUAUGUAGAACCCCAAAAUUCAGUGCAUGAAUUUCUAGUGCUCUAUUUAUGAUGACAACUGGAACGAAAAUAAUAUGAAGUGAAAAGAAACAGUGAGGGUUUUUUCUGCAACUUUGCAGGUAAAUUUAGGUCACUGCUGUUUGUAUGCCUAAAUUCUUUGCCUAAACCCCUUGCAAGAAAACUGUUACUUUCUUGCUCUGUUUCUGAGCUCCAACUAUUCUGUGAACCCGUUGUAUUUUUUUAGUUUACUUAUUAAGCAAAGGACUGCUUCCACUUUGCUGACUGUGGAGACAUGGAAUAUACUGUAUUAGAGCUGAAAUUUAGCCUUUUUCCAUUAUUUAAUCCUGUGACCUAGAUUCAUACAUGUACAAGAAGGCCUAGAGCUGGAUUCCCAGGUGGAAUCACAAUGAUUGCCAGUAGCAGAGUUUGAUGUAGUUCCCUUUUCUUGCAGUGGAUUCUGGCUGAAAUGUGCUCAGUGCAGACCCUUUGGACAAGAGCAUUCUGGCUGCGUAUUUAGACAAAUAAUGUUAGAAGUAACAUUUGUGGGAAUGCUGCAGAAAUCAGUGAACACCAAAGGAGCAAAAGCUGAAGUCUUCUGUGAUAUAUAACUGUACCUAUCUUUGCAUUUCCACUGCUGCCAUAAAUUUUUUAGUGACUUACACAGAUAGGGAAUUCAGUCGUGUUCUUUGCAGCAGGUUUGGGAGGAACGUCGGUCUGCAUGGCAAGCAUAUAAAAUUUUGUAUCACACGUUUUUAUCACAAGUAAUGCUUAGUAACUUACCAAACAGAAAGGAAGUUGAAAAUUUUUGGUGACUAAAAAAUGUAGAGACAUUAUCCCGAUCGUCAGAGCUGAUAUCGAAUACAAACCUCCUGUGUUCGUGCUGCUGCCUCAUCUGGGAAAGCACUGAGUUGAGGGACUAAUCACCUUCGACUCCCCUGUUAGAUCAUUUCUCAAACGUUGUGAAUGUCAUGUAGAGAUAAAUGAAUUUUUUAUUUUGACGUUGAAUUCACGUCUAAAUUCAGGUAUGGGGAGCUACGUAUGGGCCAGUGUUGGCUGAAUGACAGCCUGGUAAGACAGUGGAGGGGCCGGGGCAGAUGUAGCCAGGUAAAGAUGACUCAAGGAUGUUCCUGGAAGUGCAGAAAUUAGAGGGUUGUUUUGACUCAGCGUUUUCAUGUCGGAGCUCCUGUUAGCACAGUGCUGAUCCAGAGGCACAAGGAGGGUUGUGAGUUUCUUUUUGUCCACUAGAGGGUAUAAGCAUAGCAUAAAAUCACUGAAAAUGGGAGAGCAGAGACUUAUCUGAUAACAGUUCAGUUAUGACAGGUCGAACAGCAAUAUUUCCCGUGUCUGAGAGGGAAGGUCCUCCUUGGGGUUGGGGGGAAAACAAACCGGGGCUCUGAAAGAGAUGAUACUGCAGUUAACCUCUGACUAAAAAGGCUAUUUAAGCUCUCUGGGCUUUCUAAUUGAGCCCUUAUCCAGUGAGUCUUUCUGAGACAAUAGUGUUACAGAAUAACUGUCCUCAAAUUCUUUUGUUGUACGUUCAAACCAUUUUCUAGCUGCAGGAAGCAGCUCUGUAAAUGGCAAUGUUUGUGAUUUAUUCCCCCCCCUUUUGCAAUUAACCAGUUGCUGUGUGUUGCCCUAAUUUAUACUCUGAAUUUUAGUAGUAUUUCCUGCUAAAGAUGGACGAGUAGUUUCUUUCAGUUGGAUUUAUUUUCUGUGAAAAUAGAAGCAAUUUUAAGCUAGAAAUACAGAUGCAUCUAAUGUCACUAUGGCAAUUUGUGGCCAUGACAACGGUGUGUUAGCAUUCUGAAAAACAGACAGGUUUGUUGGGGUUUUUGGUUGAUGGGGGUUUGUUUGGUUUCUUUUUGGGGGGUUGUUUGUUUGUUUUGUCUGGGGGUUUUAUGGUUUGUUUGUUUUGGGGAUUGUGUGUUUUUGUUGGGUUUUUUUUGUUUGUUUUGUGGGGUUUUUUUUGUUUUGCAGUUGACAACCUAAUUAACCAUGCAAGCAUUUCAGGAAGAGAACCUGACUUUUUUUAUUUGUUAACUGUACAAGAUCAUGUGGGUCCAAGGCAUUUUGACAUUAUCUUACAUAGAAAAGUUGAUGAAGUAUGGGCUGAAUGAGCAGACAGUGUGCUGGAGAAAAAAACUUGGCUGAAUGGGCAGGCCCAGGGGGGCAGAUCAGUCCCUGGAAGUCUGACUGGGGACCAGCAGCACAUCCCAGGCCUGUUUGCUUCAUUUAUGACCUGGAGGAUGGGGCAGAGUGUGCCCCCAGGUGAUGCAAAACUGGGAGGAGUGGCUGAUGAGCCAGAAGUUUGUGCAGGAAGCAGCAGGAGGUGUAUGGGUUACCUUAAGUUUGCUCUCAAAAUAUGUGGAACAUAAUGAGACAGUGUGAGAUUCUUCCCAGUGCUGAGAAAGAGGAGAUCUUGUGUUUGCAACAUCAUAGAUGGAGACUUGCAGACUGAAGAAGGAUCCAGGAUGUAUCAGGAGGUUACUGCAGGAAAGAGAAAUAGAAUUUGGAAUAGGGCUGGGGAUUCUUCAGUGUCAGACUUCAGAGGGAGCGAGUACGAAAUCAAUAUUUUUCUAUUUUUCCAUCAUAUAAUUGGAGUUAGAUAAACCAACACUGUGCUUUCAGGCAGGUGCUAAAUUUCAGCUACAAGUUGAGGAAUUGCCCUGACAUGCCCCAUUUCAAAAGCGUGUAUUGCAUUAUACGAAACACUUAGAAAUUAUUAAAAAAAUUAUAAGAAAUUAAUUAUUGAGGGAGAUAGGAAUGAGCUCUCAUGACUAAGCCUUGUAUUUAGUGAGUGGCUGUCUCUGCCAGCACAGAGCUCUAAUGUAAAGGCUCUCUACUACCAACACACAAUGUCUGUUUGAUAAGGAAAUGUGCGGAUAUAAGUUUAGCCAAAGCCAAACCACAGAAUUUUCCAAGCUUUCUCUUUUUCCAAGUCUCCAUUGGGGAAUCUAGGAACUGAAUAGAAAUUACAACAUUGCUGCUAUCACUUGCUUAUGUUGGAGCAAUGACUAUAUCGAAUUAAAUAGAAUCUAAACUGCAUUUAAUAGCUUCACUUUUGUAAAAGCCAGCUGUUGUGCCCAUUCUGUAUUUACCACAGGAACACCUGGUGCAUGGAGCCAUUGUAGCACUCAAAGUCUAUUAACCCUGAAAAGGGAAAGCAGAGAAGAGGCCAGCCCAGAGUGGGUUGUUCAGCCAGUCCAGGCUCCUGUCUCUGGUACCGCUCAUCCAUUUGAUGGCCAGUGGGCAGCCUGGAAUUAAACACACGCUGCAAACCCACCUCCUCAGGCACUGUCACCUCCUUACCCCUGCACUGAGCCAUGGUGGUGCUAAAUGCCUGGGUUAGGGGAGUUUUCCUGGGAGAGGGAGUCAUUUAAGUUCUAUCACUGUUUUUUUUGUAGAUUCCUUAAAAGUUUGGUCACUUGCUGCUAUGACUUAAAUGUAGAAAACCUAAAUCUCAUGUUGUGCUUGCUUUGACACCCAGACUCUUCCUAGGUAUCUUUUUACAUUCUCUUUUGUGAAGAACAUUAAAGAAACUCAUGUAUUUCUCUCUUUGAUAUCUUGCUCUUUUACCCUCGUUUAUUUUCUCCUGUUUUGAAGGACCUGUUGUUUAUCUUCCAUUUCUACCCAGCGUGUGAUACACAAGGUUUUAUCAGUGCAGAUGUGCUUUCAUUCCACAAGGUGGCAGCUAAUCCUUAUUUCCCUUCUCGAUUAUUUUGACAUUUCUGCUGGAAGCAGCUUUUCUGGCCAAGUUCCCUUCUGAGGCAUAAGGGUCAUAAACCUGUAAAUACAGCCCUUCUGUUGGGGUUAAAGAGUAUUUGGAAAAGCUUAUUACACUGUGUCUAUUCGGGCUGUAUCAGCUUGCUGAAGAUUGCUGACAAGACAAAAAAGGCAUCAUCUAAGGACUAAAUUUUGAAUAUUACUUCUUGCUAUUGUUUCAUGUGGGUCUUUCUGGUAAGUGGUGCUCCAAGCAUAGCUGAACACAAGUAUAUGGUGGCACCUCUAAACAAAACGUUGCUGUGAUAAGGUCUAGUCAUUGAUGUGGGUGGGGGAGAGAGGUUCUGGAGGUUAUUUAUUCACUUUUUAUUUCCAGUUUAUUUUGACAGAUAAACGUCUUGGAUAAUUUGAAUUGAGAUCUCCAUGUGUCAUUAGAAUAGGUCUACAGGUUUAUGAGUUGCAGGUAUGGUUUUUUGUUCUUUGCAAUUGAGUUUACGUAGUUUUCUCCCACCUCAUGCCCGUUUCUUACUACUGAUGCCUGUGAAUAUUUUUCUUUUAAAAACUGCUGUUUUGUUAUCUUCUCAAACUGUGCUUCUAAAUUGUUUCAGUUUACCUUCAUGUCUUAUGUGUUUAGUCUUCUGCCUUUCCCCCUCUCCAUUGUUGAAUGAAUAAAGAUAUGAAAAUUAA